AUGUUGUCCAAGCAAUUUGCCCGUGGCUUUGCCUCGACCCCGCUCGCCAAAAACUAUGCCUCCACCAUCAAGAACUUGAAGGUCACCAAAGACACCAAGGUGAUCUACCAGGGCUUCACCGGCAAACAGGCCACUUUCCACGCGGAGCAGGCCAUCGCCUACGGCACGCAGGUGGUGGGUGGCACAAACCCAAAGAAGGCCGGCACACAGCAUUUGGACCGCCCCGUGUUCGCGUCUGUCAAGGACGCCAUGAGGGAGACCGGCGCCAGCGCCACCGGCAUCUUCGUGCCCCCUUCCAUUGCCGCCAAGGCCAUCGAGGAGGCCAUCGAGGCCGAGAUCGCGUUGGCCGUGGCCAUCACCGAAGGCAUCCCCCAGCUCGACAUGGUCAGAAUCGCCCAGAUCUUGAAGACCCAGUCCAAGACCAGAUUGGUGGGCCCCAACUGCCCGGGCUUGAUUGCGCCUGACCAGUGCAAGAUCGGCAUCAUGCCCUCGCACAUCCACCAGAGAGGCCGCGUCGGCAUCAUCUCCCGGUCCGGCACCUUGACCUACGAGGCCGUGGCGCAAACCACGCAGGUGGGCUUGGGCCAGUCCUUGGUCAUUGGCAUGGGCGGCGACCCCUUCCCGGGCACCAACUUCAUCGACGCGUUGACCUUGUUUUUGAACGACAAGGAGACCGAGGGUAUCAUUUUGAUUGGAGAGAUUGGUGGCACUGCCGAGGAGGAGGCUGCCGAGUUCUUGAAGCAGCACAACUUGACCCGGCCCGAGGGCCCCAAGCCGGUGGUGUCGUUCAUUGCCGGUGUUUCCGCGCCCCCAGGCAGACGCAUGGGCCACGCGGGAGCCAUUGUGGCUGGCGGCAAGGGUGACGCCAAGUCCAAGAUUGCCUCCUUGGAGUCUGCCGGUGUCGUCGUGGAGCAGUCGCCCGCCAGAUUGGGCAACUCCUUGUUGCAAGAGUUCAAGAACAAGGGCUUGAUGUGA